UGGCGAACGCGUUCAGGAUCCGUGCAGUGUCUAGUGGCUCUCGUUGGAGGCUUUGUGUUGGGGCUGACCCUGGCACUCCUCCACUCCGUGGCUUUUUACUUGCCGAACGCCACACAUCAUCAGGAACAGAGGGAUGUGAUGGGAGUCUCCUGGGAGAACAGCGUGCAUCAACCAUCAACACAGGUAUCAAACGUGGCGCAAAGUCCCGCAGAGUUUCUACCGCAGCCCGCACCCAGUUUCACACCCAGUCGCCGAAAUUCCUGCUACGGCACCGUAGCCCAGCGACUCUUCGAAAAAGUCCGGGUGCUGUGUCUCGUGGUCACCUACCCCGCCCACCACGCGUCACACGCCGCCCACAUCUACAAAACCUGGGGUCGGAGGUGCACCAAAAUCCUCUUCGUCACCAACGCCGAGAGGUUUGUGAAAGCCGAUGAUGACUCGUACUUCAUCAUGGAGAAUUUGAGGUACUGGCUGCACGACAAAGAUCCCGAAGUCCCGUAUUAUUAUGGGUGUCAUUUCGACGUCAUCGUACCGCAGGGAUACAUGAGCGGAGGCGCAGGAUACAUCCUUAGCCGCGGCGCCCUCAAAGCCUUCGUGGACGCAGGACAGGAAAAUCAGACACUUGCUCACUCCCAGGGAGCCGAAGAUGUCCAGAUGGGAUACUUCAUGGAGGCAGCGGGAGUCCGACCUGGGGAUUCGAGGGAUGAAAAGGGGCGUCCGAGGUUCUUUCCCUUCAUUCCUGCUGAUGUUGUGGUUCCUAAGACGAAAAACCUUGACUACUGGUACUGGGAGAACCUCGCUCACGAUCAUGAGCAGGGGUUAGGUUGCUGCAGUGACACCACCAUAUCUUUCCAUUAUGUGAAGGAGGGUCUACUUUACACUCUUGAAUUCUUAAUCUACCACUUCAAAGCAUAUGGCCUUGGGGUACCUGCUAGAGACUGCUGACAAUGGCUCUUCAGUAUUGCGUAAAGAAAUCAGUAGUUUAAGAAGAAAGGAUAUACUGUGAUAAGAACUUAGAAGGAAGAUGAAAAGUGGGUAAAAUGUAAAUAUGAGUGUUUUUCCAAUAAUGGCAUUAAUUAAAGGUUAGUGCAAGAGUAAACAAGUAAAUACUGUGACUGAAGUAAAGAAGAAAAAAACAUAUUAGGCAGCUCUUCUAAAUCACAAAUAACUUUUCAAAGAAACUGCUGAAGUGUAGAAGGAAAAAUAAAAGAAAAAGUGUGAUCAAAAUGAUAGAACUACUUUUAUGAAUAAAGAAAAAUG